AGGGGCUGUCUCCCGCUCCUAGGUCGGGCCUGCACCCAUCGUGGGUGCCGGGCUAGCGAGGUUGCAGCGAGAGGUGCGCUGGCGAGCGGCUUUUGUGGGCUCUGUUGCUGUCUCUGCGCCACCGAGAUGCCGCAGUUGAGGUCAGGGAAGGUGGUGAGAGCCGGCGAGGUGAAGCCGGUUGACCCGGAGGUCAGCCCCGGCUCUCCGCGGGCAGGGUGUGAGCCAGAGGGAAAGUUGGUAGCCAAGCGGAGUCGUCGUCUGGCACCCAAGAGAAAGCUUGAGCAGCCCUUACCUUCCUUUCCACAACCUGCCAGGCUCUCUUGUACUUCCUUUAAGUGUUUUACUCUUCCUGUGCCCAUGCAGAAGGAGCAAGGUGAGAACAGACAGAAAUUCCCAGGUAAAAAAACCAAGGGAAUCCAGCACAGGAAGUCUCCCCGAAGAAGCAAGGGUGUAGCUUCACUAAUUUCAGACGCAGCUGAAUGUGAAGAUAGGCAAGCAGCAGCCACGGCUGCGGGAAUGUGCUGGGAAGAGACUCUAAGAGGGACAGGUCAAAGUCAACAGCUGUUUUUCUCAGGAGCUCCUUUGCAGAAAAAGUUCUCAGCAGGGAUUGAAAGGAAUGAACAUUACUCAGAAGACCUGAACUACUCAGGUUUCUGCAAGGGUUCAGGGAACUCGGGAACGGAAGGCAAACAUUCCUGUAUGGAAAUAAAAUUACAAGUCCCAAACUUGAAGAGGGAAAUCGAGAGCACAGAGAGACAUGGAAUAUCCUGUUUUCCAGAGCCAGAAGUUCUUCAACCCCAAAAGGUCACAUGGAGUACUCAAGUGAAAUGUACUGACUCUACAAUGACACAGAAUAUGCAAAUCCCCGAUUUUAGGAAGACUUUGGGUACUCAGGAAGUUGUCCCUGAACCAAAACCUCAGGAAAAGGUUGAUAUACUAGAGAGGUUGAAUAGGUGUCCAUUAGUUGGAUCAAGAACACUAGUGACACAGGAAAAAGAAGGGAGAUGCUUGGGCAAGAAAGGCAGGAGAUCAGUGGGGAAAUCAAAAGUACAUGGUCCUAGGCAGAGGGGUAGUUCUGCCUUGCUGAAACAGCAUACACAGUGUCCAGAGUCCAGGAAAGGAGCUCUUAGUAUGAGGAACAGAAAUGCUUUGCUGUCCCAGCAGCUGCAGGAUCUGAGUGGACAAAAACAACCAAUAACCAGAAGAAAGACUCAGAAGCGUUGCAUGAAAGAAGAGCAGCAGAGCUCAAGCCCUCAGAAAAGACCAGAGAGCCCAGGGGAAAGUGCAGAGGAGCAGUUGAGAGCAAUUGAGCAAGACUCUGGUACUUCACAGCCUGUAAAGAAGGUUAAGACAAAGCAAAACAGGGUAGAAGAUUCUGAGGAAAAGGAAUCUCACUAUUCUAGAUCUUCUACAGUUUCUGCUUCAGGUAACACUGAAAGCAAGAGCUUUCUAUGCCAUGCUGUAACAGAAGAGCCCAGUGUGCAGUGUAGAAAAAGGCAACACAGAUCUGGUCAUAUCAAGCGCUUGCAAAGUUUAAGUGUGACUGCAGCUGAAGUGAUGAAUACAUCUGCAAAAUGUGAUGCUGAACGUGGCAGUAGUGCCCUAAACCAUUGUACUGGCUUGCUCUGUGCAGCCGAAAAGAAUCCAUUUGUGGUGUUAGAGGACUGUAGUUACAUCAACACGUUAGUGAAGCCUUCAGCUAGUGGAACUACCAACAGUUAUAAAUUGAAUGGAUUCUUCCAUGUAGCCCAUGGUACUGGAGACCUGAAUGAUAGAAUUUGCAGCACUAGUAGAAUGCAAAAGGAGAGAUCACUCAUAAAAGGUGGUUUAUCACCUAAUAAAGAAAAGAAUGAAAAUGAAGAAGGCUGUGUUUCAUGCUGCCUGAGUGACAGCAGUAAGUGUUUAAGGGGAAAAAAGUGGAAUAUUGGUAGAAAGCCUAGAAAAAAGAUGAAAAUCACAGAGAAAUCUGCAGACAUGGCUAGUAAACGCAAGAAGUGUGAGUUACGAACAGAAGCAGCGGUUGCCAUGUCAAGCUCGUUUUCAGUUUCAGGACUAAAUAAUACUCUCUCAGCUUCAUAUGAUCAUACAUCAGAUUUUGAUACAGAAAAAAAGGAAGUAAAAACUGUGUCAGCCCGGAAAAAGAAUAGUACCAAAUUACUUGCAUUUGAAACUGGCUUUAAGAAGACAUCUGAGCUCUCUGCAAUAGUAAAAGGAGAAAAUUCAAGCAGUGAGGCAGGUUAUGCAGCUGCCUCAGGUAGCCUUAGAGCGUUAGCUCAGGUCCAUGAUGUUUCUGAUCAUCACAAAAGCAAGCCAAGAGGAAAUUUGAACAAAGUAACUAAGAAAUUGCAGCAGUUUACCUGUCAAAGAACAAUACCCAUGACUGGUAAAAAAGUUUGGCCUGUUGAAUCUUGUGCCAGGACUUCUGAAUGGUUUCUUAAAAAUCAUAGGUUCAUCUCAGAAGGAAAAAGACUUUUAAAGGCUGCUCUUGAGGAUUCCUCUGGUAAAAGCAGUGUUAAAGCUGUGGAGCAUUUUGCAGUGACUGGGAAUGUGAGACAGCUGGAUUUGCAUACAUCAUUGGCAGAAAUUACAAAAGAAAUUGCUCAUAAAAAGAUUGAUCCAAAUAUUGACUGUCAGCCUUCACUUGAAACAAUGGAAUCUUCUUCUGUGGAUAUUUAUGGGACUUUGACAGUGAACAAUGAAAAUGGGGAAUCACCAGUUAAUACAGAUAGAAGUGCUGUGGCUUUUAGCCUUGAUGAUGUGCAAGAAGUUACAGCAACUUUGAAUUUUACAGCAAAACAAAAAGAUGAAGAUAAAGGAGAUGUAACGGAAAGAAACAUGUCCAUGACAGUCCAGAAUGGUACAAUAAAACAAGAAGAUAAAGGUGAAGGAGUUGUGACAAAUAGAGACCUGUCUGUGACAGUCCAGAAUAGCACAAAACAAAGAGAUAAAAAUGAAGGAGAUGUGACAAACAGAAACCUGCCUGCGACAGUCCAGAACAGUAUAACAAAACAAAAGGAUGAAAAUGAAGGAGAUGUGACAAAUAGAAACGUGUCUGUGAGAGUCCAGAGUGGUACUUCUGCAAAUAACACAAAAAGUAUAAACUUGAGCCCUAAAGUAUCAGUAGUGAAGCAGACAUUUUCUGAUUUAAACCUAGUUAAACCCUUAACCUCUGGAAACAUGACAAAAUUCAAAAUUCCUUUAUGCAGAAACAAACCUAAAUCCAAGAAACGGGAAUCUGUCCAUUCAUUUGAAAGCAAAACUUGUAGUCCACUAGAGCUUCUUGAAAGCACUGGUCCAGGAAGGCAGAAGACAGGUGAAGAGACUUUCUUGGUAAAGUCUGAGCAGCGUCCUCUUCCUGUCAUGGGUGAUGCUACAUCUCCAGCUUCCAUACAGAAAAAAGCAGAUGAGAUGGAUAGUAAGGACUUCCAGCACCAUGGCUCUGUAAACCUCUCUGAUGAGAUGUCUGUGCUCCCUGAAAGUUUUUCUACUUAUCCGCAUCCUCUUCUUGAUGGACAGCCAGAGCCAUCUGUGCCUGAUUUCUAUGGUACUGAGCGUGUGCUGAAAUCUAGUUUUCCUGAUCAUUCUUGGAAUGCAGUCGACCGCCUUGGUGGAUUAGAAAUAAAUGGUGAUAGAAAAUCAAGAGGGAAUUUUUCACAACACAAAAGUCAGAAUUUACCAGAUGUCAUUGAAGCUUACAACCAAGAUGUUCUUGUCAUUGAUGUGAUUCAGGAUGACCCUGACCUUUUUGGAACCAGUAAUGAAGAGGAGGUUGCACCUGCACGCUGUGAAAAUUGUCCAGUGAAAGCAUCCUCUGCAAACUGCAUUAAAGACACAAAGGUGUAUAUUAAGCCUGAAUCUCCUGUUACCUCAGAAAAGACAUAUUCAGUAGAGAGUAGUUUUAGAUGCAUGCAAGAGUCUGGAAAGUCAAGUGGUACUGAAAGUUCCUGUAAUUUGGUGUUAAAAGCUGAAGAUGUGAAGACCCACAACUCCUCCAGAGGAAGCAGUCCUUCAGGAGAUGUUAGUGAGGGCUUUCUUAAAGAUAGGCAACAGAGCAAACUAGAUGAACUUUUGACAAGUUUGGACGUGGAUGAAAAGUUCGAGCUUGCAGAUGGAGUGCCUGAUGUUGAAGAAGAAAAUAAGAGUGAAGCUGGAAAAAGUGACUGUAAAUACAAAGUGAGCUGUGAAUUGCUAUCAGGAUUGCCAUUGAAUGACCGAAAAGUAAAUCUCUUCAGUGGAACUACAGAGAUGAAAUCCUGGACAAAUGGUUACAAAUCUUCAGGAAGAAAUACUUCACUGCCAUUGAAGAAUUAUGGAGAUUUUGAGCCAUGGAAGAUGGAGAAAAAUGCAAGUGCUUCUCAUUCAGUCCAGCAGAUCCUUGAUGCACUUAACUUGCCCCGUAAAUACUGCAGAUACUAUUUCAUGACUUCACGUGGGUGUGAAAGGACAAAAUGUUGGUUCUGUCAUGUUCCAGGACAACAGGAUGAAAAGAUUUGCAUGGCAAUUCUUAGGACAUACAUUAGUAUCAAAGAAUCGGGCCUCCUAAAACGUGCAGUCCAAAUAUUUGUGCAGUAUUACAAAGAAGUUACUCCUGGUGUGGAUUUUGCUUCUGAAGUGCUGAAUGAUCUUCUUGUUUCAUUGCUCAACAACUGCUUGUUGCAGGAAGUAUUUCAGAUAUUGAAUGUAAUUGUACAAAUCAAGACACUGCCAGCUGUAGAUGUUCUUCUGAAAGUUUUUGAGCAUGUGGCUUCUUUGAAUAUCAGAAAUGCUGUGCCUACAUUAAUCAGUACCUUCUGUAAGCUCAUUGAUGCUGGUAUGUUCCUUCAGUUAGAACAUUUUGACUACAUUAUUAAGUUACUUCGCCAAUUGCAAGUUUCCAGUUGGGAAAUGAGUACUGUCUUGAACAUAAAAUCCAGAAUUAAGGAAAGAUAUUUUGAAAAGACAUGGAUUUUUGACUUCAACUUGGCAGUGGCUGAAAUUCAGCAUUGCAAGGAAAAAAGGGAUUGGACCAAGCUGGGAGCUUUGUAUCUUAAUGCAAGAACUGGAUGUGAACAUUUUGAGGAUCUUCAGAAAUUGUUUUUAUCUAUUGCUGAAAUUCUAGCCAAAGAUUCUGAGACAGACAGACCAGGAGUCCCUUUUUGUGAUUUUGCUGAUACAGUAAUGAAAAAUUCACAGCAUAAUAAAGCAGACAGACUUUUCAUUGGAAGGACUGGGAUAAGCGUAAUGUAUUCGUAUCACAAAGUACUGCAGUGGAUAAAGGGAAGGAAGGUUUUGGAUAAACUGCAUGAGCUACAGAUAGAUUUUACACUCUUGAAAGGACUUGUAGGUGCAGGGAGGUCAGCAUCCAGAUGUCAGAUUGUUAAUAAAGCCGCAGAAAUCUUUCUUUAUUCUGGAAAUUUGGAUGGAGCAACAAGGGUAUUGAGAGAGUCAGAGUGGAUCACAGAUGCACCGUUGUGGCCCUGUGAUAAAAUGGACAUCCUCAAUCGACACAAUCUGUUAUGUGCAAUAGUGCACAAAUACUUGAGGAGGAGUUUGUACAGGCAGGCAUUUGAAGUUCUGCAGAACUUACCGGGUUUGCAGAAACAUUCUGAUAUUAUAGAUGCUUCUCAAUACAGCAGCCUUUUUAACAAGCUGAUAAAUGCCUGUUUUGAGAACAAGAACCUUGGGGUCUCAUCUUCUGCAGUAGACUUCAUGCUUUCCAAAAAAAUUGCUAUUGAUUUUGUUUUACUUAGAGGAUUAAUCACAGCUUUGGGAAGAAGUUCUUUAUGGUCCAAAGCUAGGACCUAUUACAAAAAUGCUUUAUCACUGGGUUGCUACCCAGAGCUGCAGGGAAAUUUAUAUCACAAACUACUGAAGAUUGCUUCUUACCUGUCUGAAGUUGAGAUGCUCUUGGCCAUUGAAAUAUUUCUUGUUUCAAAUGCCACUGAUAUUCAAAGUUCUAAUAGUCAGACUCUUCAAAUAGUACUGAAAAGAUCUGAAGAUACAGUUCAGAAUAACAGUGCCUAUCACGAGGCAGUGGAGAGGCUGAUCCAGGCGGCUCAUUUAUCUGAUCCAAAGCUUUUUCUUAAGCAUUUGACAAUGAAUGUUAAUAUGGAAGAAGUUUACAGCCUGGAGCAUUCAUCGGCUCUAAAAUGGCUUCAGGAGAAUAUGAAAUGGGCUCAGAAGGUCUGGCUGUUCCAGUAG